AUGAGCACUUCUGCUGGAGUCAGCGUGCAGAAGAGACUCUCUGACCAGAGGGCUAGACUGCUGGCUUUGGAUUACCAUGACCCCUUCACCGCCGAGUCGCUCGCGUUGGUGGAACGGCUGUUUGAGGAUCUGGUCACCACUACAGAGAGCUACGAAGACCUGCAACAGCGGGAGGAUCAGACGGCCGCCGACCUGGCCCUCAGCCGCGCGCAGCUCUUCCCGCUCAAGAAGGAGAACGCCCGCCUGCUACGGGACAACAACCUUUUGCACCUCAAGGUGAUCAAAGCGGCGGAGGACGCAAGCGGGGCAGAGCGGUCCUUCUUGCUCCUGGAGAAAAGAGCCGAGGCAGAGCGCGAGGAGAGCAGGUGCUUGGGAGCGCAGAAAGAUCUCAGGAUCUCGGAGCUGGAAGCGCAGGUCGACCAGCUUCGGACCAGCUUGGCCGGAGCGCUAGACGGCGCUACCGCGACCCAGGAGGACCUUGCUGGCGGACGCACUGGGAGAGCUACGGCGAGGAGGCGUAGCCGGGUGCAGGGUCUGAACGGGCUCGACAGGGAGAUGGAGGUGUCCAGUCCGAUGAUGCCGCUAUCGUCUCAUGAGGGAGGGGGACGAGGAGGGGCGAGGAGCGGCAGCGGAAGGAGGCGUGAAGACGACGUCGGGAUGGGGUUGGGGCCUGAGGACGAACAACGCUUGUCGGACGUGGUGGAAACCCUUCGAGCGAGACUGGAGGAGGCGUCUCAGUCUCUGUCGGGCAUGGAAGAGGAGAGGGCGCGGCUGGAGAAACAGGUCGAGUCCCGGGAAGAAGAGAUAGCCCGCCUCGGCAGGCAGACCGGCAGCGACACCAACAUCGAGAAGGUGACGCUGGCGCACGCUUACGAAGCGAACCAGCGCAUCGUGGACCAGCUGAACGACCAGGUCGACUUCUUGAACAGGCAGCUGGCCAACAGGGAAGCCCAGCUGGCAGAGGCCCGAAAAGAGACGUCCAACAGGGGGAAGGCGGAGCCGAUGACGACGACGGCCGAGCUGGAGGUCACUCGUCUGCAGACCCUUGCCCGUACGCUUGAGGAAGACAACGAUCGUCUGUCGAGACGGACCGCAGAACUCGAGAACAAAGCCUCCGCCAACAGCUCCGGCAAGGGGGGGGGGGAGGAGGAAGGGUGGGAGGUGGUCGGGGAGGGAGAGCACGAGCGGUCACAACUCGAAGCGACCUUGGGAGAGACGAAGAAGGACUUGGUCAAGGCAGCGGCAGCAGCAAGCGAGGCGACGGCCGACGCUGAGGCUCUUCGGAAACGCGUGGCGUCCGUCCAGGGGGAGGUUGCUCGGCUACAGGGGGAAGCGGCAACCAGGACCGAAAGGCUGGAACAGCUGUCACGAGAGCGGGAGGAGCUUCUGGAGAGGCUCAAGACAUCCGCGAAGGACCUAGAGAGCGCUGAGGUCGAGGCUGCGAGCGGAGUCGCACGGGAGAGGAAGGCGGAGAGGCAGCGGGGAGAGGAAGCUCGAAGAAGCAGGGCGACCACCGAGCGCCUCUCCGUCGUGCAAGAGCAGACGGAGUUCCUUGCCGAGGAGGCCGAGUCCGCAAAGGCGGGGGAAGGGGUCGCGGCCAGGCGCGCGGCGGCGGCGGAGGCCCGUGCCGCCGAGGCGGAGCUCGACGCGGCGGCCCUCGAGAGAGCGCUGCGGGCGGAGUCUCGCCGAGCGCUGGGGGCGGAGGGGGAGGCGGCGAACGCGAGGGAGGCGGAGUUGGCGGUGGAGGACCUGAGGGAAAGGAUGGAGAGGUUGCGGUCGAGGCUGGAGGCGUCGGAGGCUGCCAGGGAUGCCCUGAGCGAGGAGCUGGAGCGCUUGGCUGGACAGGGCAGCCUCCUUGGGGUGGAGCACUUCGCGCAGUCGAGCCGAGUGGGUGCCCUGGAGCGCGAGUCUGCCGCUCUCACAGCCGACCUCAAGGCCAGAGAGAGGGACGUGGCCGGCCUCCUUGAGCAAAAGCGGGCUCUGGAGGAGGAGGUUUCGAGGGCGCAGAGGGCGUUAUCGCGGGGGGCGGUUGAGACGGCGACGAUGGCGCAAGGGGAGCUGGCCCUACAGGCAAGGGUGGAAGAGGCCACUGACGAGGUUAGAGGGCUGAGGGCUGAGGUCGGCAGGCUCACGGAUGCCCUGUUAGCGGAAGAGAGAAAGACCGUGGCGGCCAGAGACGAGGCCGACCGCCUUGCUACGCGGCUAUCUCACCGCAGCGCAGGGUUCGAGGGCUUGGAGUCGGAGUUGGCCUCCUCUAGGGCGGCGCUGGCGGUGGCCAGGGCUGAAGCCACGGAGCGGGAGGGGAUGCUCGCGAGGAUGGAGGCGGAGGCCGAAAGAUCGAGGUCGAGCCUGGCGGCCCUGGAGCAGCAGGUGGUGGUGUCCAGGGAAACUAUCUCCGACAAGGACGACGAGGUCAGGCGGUUGAAGGCCCUCGCCAGGCAGCUCGAAGGGUCCAGAGAAUCGCUCAAAACCUCCAGCGACGAGGUGCACGCGGCCCUCCGAGACGCGGAGAUACGAGUGGGCCAGGCGUUAUCGGCAGGGGACAGCGCCAAGAGGGAAGCGGAGGCUGCCCGAGCAGAGGUGGCGCAGCUCAAGAGCGCGCUGACGGAGCUAGACGCGGACCGCGAUCGUCUGCAGGACACUCUGGACAAGCAGAGUGAAAAGAUGGCAGAGCUGCGAACGGACGACGCUCGCUGGCGUUCGCAGGUCGAGGAGGCGGAAGAGCGCCUGAGAGAAGAGGGCUCAAGGUGCUCCGAUCUCGAACGAGCACUCGAAGACUCGGAGAGGAGGGCUAAGGAGGCUAGUGGGAGCGCGGUGGAGAGUUUGCAGAAGACAGAGGCGUUAUCGUCUGCCCUGGAGGCCAAGACCGGGCAGCUCGCGGCGGCGACCGAAGACUUGGAGAUGAUGGCCAAAGAGAACCAAGCGGUGACGUCAGAGCUGACACGGCUAGUGGCCGACAGAGACGAGGGCCGCCGCAAGCUCGGGGACGCCCUCCACAACCAGUCCACGGCAGAGCAGGCGGCUCGUGCGGCUGAAUUCGAGAAGGAGGACGUGCUUAAAAACUACAGGGGUUUGCACGCCGAGAAGAGGCGGUUGGAGGCGGGGAUAGACGAGCUCCAGCUCACGCGUCAACGCCUCACCAAGAGCUUGGCGGGGCGAGACUCUGAGGUGUCGAAGCUGAGGUCCUCAAUCACGGCCCUGGAAGUCGAGCUGCAACGCAAGACCACGGAUCUUGGAGCCGUUCAGCGACAGAGUGGCGCUGAGCACACUUGCGAUACGUUGUGGCUGGGGUCUGUCUGGCGCAUCACCCGCGAUAAUUGCUGA